AUGGCCGCGUCGGCAGAUUUAAGUAAGUCUUCCCCAACACCGAAUGGGAUUCCAUCUUCAGACACAGCCAACGAUGCCAUGGACCCCUUCCAUGCUUGCAGUAUUCUUAAGCAACUCAAAACAAUGUACGAUGAAGGACAGCUGACAGACAUUGUAGUGGAAGUGGAUCACGGGAAAACAUUUUCCUGUCAUAGAAACGUUCUUGCUGCAAUCAGCCCUUACUUCAGAUCCAUGUUCACUAGCGGCCUUACAGAAAGUACUCAAAAAGAAGUUCGAAUAGUCGGUGUUGAAGCUGAAUCAAUGGAUUUAGUGUUGAACUAUGCCUACACCUCCAGAGUUAUUCUGACAGAGGCCAAUGUUCAAGCCUUGUUCACUGCAGCUAGCAUCUUCCAGAUUCCUUCCAUCCAAGACCAAUGUGCUAAGUAUAUGAUCAGUCAUUUGGACCCACAAAAUUCUAUUGGGGUCUUUAUCUUUGCUGAUCAUUACGGUCAUCAGGAACUUGGAGAUCGAUCAAAAGAAUACAUUCGUAAGAAGUUUCUGUGUGUCACCAAAGAACAAGAGUUUCUUCAGUUGACAAAAGACCAACUGAUAAGUAUACUAGACAGUGACGAUUUAAAUGUAGACCGAGAAGAGCAUGUUUAUGAAAGCAUUAUAAGGUGGUUUGAACAUGAACAGAAUGAAAGAGAAGUGCACCUUCCAGAAAUUUUUGCCAAAUGCAUACGUUUUCCUUUGAUGGAAGAUACCUUUAUAGAGAAAAUUCCACCUCAGUUUGCACAGGCUAUAUCCAAAUGCUGUGUAGAAAAGGGACCAUCCAACAGCAAUGGCUGUACACAGAGGCUUGGAAUGACUGCUUCUGAAAUGAUCAUAUGUUUUGAUGCUGCCCACAAACACUCAGGAAAGAAGCAAACAGUGCCUUGUCUAGAUAUAGUCACAGGAAGAGUGUUUAAACUAUGCAAACCACCAAAUGACUUGAGAGAAGUUGGGAUUCUUGUAUCACCAGAUAAUGACAUUUACAUUGCAGGAGGGUACAGACCAAGCAGCAGUGAGGUCUCCAUCGACCAUAAGGCAGAAAACGAUUUCUGGAUGUAUGAUCAUUCCACCAACAGAUGGCUGCCCAAACCGUCCUUGCUGCGAGCCAGAAUAGGCUGCAAACUAGUGUAUUGCUGUGGUAAAAUGUAUGCAAUUGGAGGUCGUGUGUAUGAAGGUGAUGGAAGAAACUCAUUAAAAUCUGUGGAGUGCUACGACAGUAGAGAGAAUUGUUGGACAACUGUUUGCGCAAUGCCAGUUGCAAUGGAAUUCCAUAAUGCUGUGGAGUACAAAGAGAAGAUCUAUGUUUUACAGGCUGUAGAGGUGAUUCUUUCAGCACCUGAUUUGAAAACCGACUCCUACAUAGGAACGUCUGGUUUUUAG